AUGUACGCGCCCGUGCGGAACGAGUCCGACCCGAUGCUCGCGAGCCCCACGAGCGGCGGCAAAGAGCAGCGCGCAACGCCCAACAGCGUCGCGGUCCACACGCAGCGCCUCGACGCGCGGGCGCCGCAGUGCAACGACGGCGUCUUUGCCGCUCUGUUCCUGAUUAACGUGGGCCUUGUGGCCGUCGUGGCCUUGUCGAAGGGCGUGCCGGUCCUACUUGAGGACAUGGACCACAACCAGGAAACCGCACCUAACGAGGAAGCGCCCCGCGCCACCGCAGCCUGGUCGAUGAUUGGUCUAUUGUGUGUCCUAGGGCUCGGGCUCUCGGCCGCCUGGCUCAAGGUCCUGCUGACGUAUGCCGAGUCGAUGAUUCGGGUUGCGUUAUGGCUAAAUGUAGCCACUGUGCUCCUCGUUGCGCUGUCGCUGGUUUCGGUGCACCUGUGGGCUGCGCUCGUGUGUGUCGCGUUGGCAGCGAUUAACGUGUGGUACAUUUACGCAGUGCAGAACCGGAUCGGCUUUGCGUCGGCCAAUUUGAAGACGGCCUGUGCCGCGCUGCAGCGCCACGCGGCUGUGUUUGUGCUCGCGCUCGGCCUCGUGCUGCAGCAGCUCGUGUGGCUCUUUCUAUGGGGCGUCGCGGGCGUGGGGCUGCACCAGUGGUUCCGCGAGAUGGACCCCGAGUGCGACCAGGAGCUCCGUCGCGCGCGCUCUGGCCGCAGUCACGGCGGACUCUGUGUGGGUCUCCCUGCCUACACGGCUCUGUUCUACAUGCUCGUGACGGUCUACUGGGGCCAGCAGGUGCUGCAGAACAUUCUGACCUGCACGACUGCUGGGGUCGUGGCCACGUGGUGGUACCAGCCUGAAGCCGCACGCGCGACCACGGGAGCGCUGUAUCGCUCGAUGACCACGAGCUUUGGCUCCAUUUGCUUUGGCUCGUUGAUUGUAGCGGUCUUGCAGGCGCUGAGGACCAUGGCCGAUAUGGCGAAACGACGUGCAAGUGAAGAGAACAAUGGCGGACUGGCGUGCUUAGCGUGUAUGGCGGAGUGCAUCUUGAGCUGCUUGGCGGGCGUGAUGGAGUACAUUAAUCAGUGGGCCUACGUGUACGUUGGGGUGUAUGGCUACCCCUUCCGCGCGAGUGGCAAAGCCGUGAUGGAUCUGUUCCAUACACGCGGCUGGACGGCGAUCAUCAAUGACGAUUUGACAUCGGGUGCUCUUUCGUUUGGCGCGUUGGGAGUCGGAGUUGUAACGUGCUGCGUGGGAAUGCUGAUGGUGCGUUUUUCGCCAGUCGAGUGGUUUGCGGCCCUGGGCUCGAGCACGAGUGCCUACGCGAUGAUGGCGGUUGUUGGGUUCAUCGUGGGCAUUAGCGUGGCGAUGACUCUGGCCCACGUUGUCAUUGCCGCUCUCCACACUGUGUUUGUUUGCUUUGCUGAGGACCCAGUUGCACUGAACCGCAACCACCCGGAGGAAUACCAAGGCCUCGUGGCUGGCUGGCGUCAGUUCCACGGAAGUGCCUUGGUUUCCGCGUAUGGAGGGGCCGUCUAA